GUUAAAUCUACAACCUUAAAACAAACCGAUCACACACAAAAGUCGUCUUUGCAUUACCUGCCCUCGAUUUCUUUCCCUUCCAAGCCACUUCUCUGUUUUUUUUUUUCAGUUAUACGGUCUUUUUCAUCCAAUAUAGACCAGAAUCUCUUCAAUCUCUAAUCAUUGUUAGAGGGAGAGGAGAAAUCUGUAGCGAGAGAAUUCAUCAAUUCAAGAAUUGAUGGCAAGCGGCGAUCUUGAGAGAGGAGCGAAAAGAGGAGGCAGAGGAAGCAACUACAACGGUAAUGGCGGAUACCCAACUGGGAACUAUUAUGUGGAGACCCAUGAGAAGCAAUGGACAUCGUGGCUUGUGCCAAUGAUUGUGGUGGCAAACGUUGCUGUAUUAAUUGUGGCUAUGUAUGUGAACAAUUGCCCCAAGAACAAUCUGGGUUUUGAUGGUAAUUGUGUGGCCAAGUUCCUUGGCAGGCUAUCUUUCCAGCCUCUCAAGGAGAACCCUUUAUUUGGUCCCUCUUCUUCCACAUUGGAAAAAAUGGGAGCUUUGGAGUGGAACAAGGUUGCGCAUGGUAAUCAAGGAUGGAGACUCAUCACAUGUAUUUGGUUGCAUGCGGGUGUUAUCCAUCUGCUUGCUAAUAUGUUGAGCUUGGUUUUUAUUGGGAUUCGCCUUGAACAACAGUUUGGUUUCGUACGAGUUGGGAUAAUCUACCUGUUAUCGGGAUUAGGUGGAAGCGUACUAUCUGCUCUUUUCAUUCAAAAGAAUAUCUCUGUUGGUGCCUCGGGUGCCUUGUUUGGACUUCUUGGAGCAAUGUUAUCAGAGCUUCUUACCAACUGGACCAUCUAUACUAAUAAGGCGGCUGCGCUAAUAACACUCAUUAUCAUCAUCGCUAUCAACUUAGCUGUAGGAAUUCUUCCUCAUGUUGACAACUUCGCACACAUUGGAGGAUUCUUGUCGGGCUUUCUCUUGGGCUUCGUUUUUCUGCUGCGUCCUCAGUUUGGGUGGGCAGAAAGCCGCAAUCUUCCUGCUAAUGCUCGCAUCAAAUCCAAGUACACAGUUUAUCAGUACGUGCUCUGGGUGGUUGCUGUGGUUCUACUAAUUGUUGGUUUCACAGUUGGGUUGGUGUUGCUGUUCAGAGGAGUGAACGGGAAUGAUCACUGUAGUUGGUGCCAUUACCUGAGCUGCGUGCCCACCUCGAGAUGGAAGUGCGGAAACUAAUGAGAGAGAAUUUCAGACAUCCUUGUUUACUUUGUCUCAACCUUGGUUUAAAAUUCUUUAUACAUAUGGUUGUGUACAUUUUAUAUACACACUUUAUACAUAUGGUUGUGUACAUGCAUAUUUUCUGACAUUGGUAUAUAUGUUUUGUGUCUACACUGGUAACCAA